AUGCCGAGCCCUCUGAGCAUGCUCUACUACGUCGUCCACCCCAAUGAGCUACGGUCUAUCAUUCAAUGGAAGGUAUGGCACAACGCAGUACACGAGCGCGACGAAUCGAAAGAAUGCGAAUCCCUCAAACGAUGCUUCCACUUCCUCAACAAGACAAGCCGAAGUUUUGCCGCCGUUAUCCUCGAACUGCACCCCGACCUUCUGGUGCCCGUCGCGCUAUUCUACCUGGUCCUGCGCGGUUUGGACACAAUCGAGGAUGACAUGACAAUCCCUCUGGAGAAGAAGGAGCCGAUCCUCCGCAACUUCGACGAGAUUCUGGAGAAGGAUGGGUGGAACUACACAGAGAACGGCCCCAACGAGAAGGACAGGCAGCUUCUGGUUGAGUUCAACGUGGUGAUUGAGGAGUUCAAGAAGAUCAAGCCCGUCUACCAGGACAUCAUCAAGGACAUUACCAAGAAAAUGGGCAACGGCAUGGCAGACUACGCGAACAACGCCGAGUUCAACGCCGGCGUCAACACCAUCAAGGACUACGAACUGUACUGCCAUUACGUCGCAGGUCUGGUUGGUGAGGGUUGCACGCGCCUCUUCGUUGAGGCUGGUCUCGCGAACGCUGCGCUGCUCAAGAGACCGGAACUGAUGGAGUCCAUGGGUCAAUUCCUCCAGCAGGUCAACAUCACUCGUGACAUCAAGGAGGAUCUGGACGACGGACGACGAUUCUGGCCUAGGGAGAUCUGGUCGAAACACGUGGAUAAGUUUGAGGAUCUCUUCAAGCCCGAGAACAAGCAGCAGGCCCUGAACUGUAGCUCAGAGAUGAUCCUGACUGCACUCACUCGGGCAGACGACUGCUUGUACUACCUGGCAGGUCUCCGAGAGCAGAGUGUGUUCAACUUCUGCGCUAUCCCACAGUCCAUGGCCAUCGCGACGCUCGAGACCUGCUUCCAGAACUAUGCUCUUUUCCAGAAGAACGUCAAGAUCACCAAGGGCGAGGCGUGUCAGUUGAUGGUUGAGUCGACACAGAACCUGCAGCUUGUCUGCGAGGUCUUCAGGCGAUAUGCUCGCAAGAUUGCGAGGAAGAACAACCCCCACGACCCCAACUUCCUCAAGAUCAGCAUCACCCUCGGAAGGAUUGAGCAAUUCAUCGAGUCGAUAUUCCCGUCGCAACAGCCACCAGUGGACAAGAAGGCACCUGCCACCAUCGAGGAGGCGGAGCGGAAACGGAAGGAGGACUCCGAGGCCAACUGGGAUUUGGUCUACAUUGUCGCCGCUGUCAUUGGUACAGUUCUGGUCAUCACAUUUUUCAUGCUCUUCGUCGCCUGGCUCUGUGGUGCUCGCUUCGAUAUCGCUUACGAACAAUUCAAGAUGGAGUUCGGCAAGCUGAUGGGAGUCAUGGGCCUCGACAAGACGCCUCAAGCGGUUACAGAAGUCCACGAGACGCUGAACAAGAGCGAACUAUGA